GCUCCAUAGAGCCAUAUAUUAUCUUUCCUUCUCCUUGUAAAUUAAUAGGAAAAACGUCCUUGUCUUAUCGUUGUAUAUAAAGGUGGGUUUAAGCCCUAAAGAAGCAUGAUUAAGAGCAUAAACAACAUGGAAUAUUCCCAAAAGCUUCAAAGAUGCGGAGAGUACAUCGAAGCCCUUCAAGAAGAACGUAGCAAGAUCCUCGUUUUCCAACGCGAACUUCCUCUUUGCUUAGAUCUUGUUACUCAAGCGAUAGAGGCAUGUAAAAGAGAGAUAUCGGGAACGACGACGGAGAACGUGAACGGCCAAUCAGAGUGUUCGGAGCAAACAACCGGCGAGUGUGGUGGUCCUGUCUUGGAAGAGUUCAUCCCCAUCAGGCCACCAUCUUCAUCCCAUGAUGAUGGUGGUGAUGAUGAUGAUGAUGGUGAUGAACACGAAUCUCACCAUUCCAACGAAAAAUCCGACGACAAUAACACAAAAUCCGACUGGCUCAAAUCUGCUCAGCUUUGGAACCAACCCGUUCCGACUCCUGCAGAGGAACGCCCGCAAGAGAAAGAGGCGGUGGAUGAGGUGAAGAGCAACGGCGACGAGAACAGGAAAAUUCCGGCAACGGAAGGAAGCGGCGGCUGCGGCGGCGGAGGCUGUCAGAAAAAUGAGCCGGAGAAAGAAAGCGGAGGGAAGAGGAAGCAGAGACGGUGUUGGUCGCAAUAUUUGCACCGACGCUUCUUGAACGCUCUUCAACAGCUCGGCGGUGCUCAUGUUGCUACGCCUAAACAGAUUAGGGAGGUGAUGAAGGUUGACGGAUUAACAAACGAUGAAGUGAAAAGCCAUUUGCAGAAGUAUAGGUUACAUACAAGAAGGCCGAGCCAAACAGUCCCUAACAAAGGAAGCCAACAAGCGCCUCAUUUUGUGGUGGUAGGGGGCAUGUGGGUCCCACAAACAGACUACGCCUCGGCCAAGUCCGCCGUGGCCACGUCAGCCACCGCCGGAAUAUACGGCGCCGCCAUGCCGCCGCAGUGGCCGAGCCACUCUAAUAAUUUUGGGCCGUUGAUUUCGCAAGACAGAUCGACAUGUGGUCGUGAAGGAGAGGCUCGAUGUGGUUCACCGGUGAUGUCGUCUUCUACGCGCCCUAACGUCAAAGAUGGGAAAAAAUCAUAAACCUAAUUAUUUUUUCACACGAUAUAUGUACAUUCCUUGAUUAAUAUUGUUAACUUUUUUUUAAAAAAAAAAAUCUCAAAGUUAUAUAUAGCGUGUUAAUAGGGUGUAUGUAUAGGUUUUUUGCAAUGAAUGAACAGCAUUAUACUUUGGAUAAA